AUGUCAUGCUCUGACCAAAUCACCGCGAGCGACAUCAGCAGUUCUUCACUUCCGUUUGAUGCGCCACCCGGUUGCGUUGUAUCGUUGCGUCAUCCGCCCCAGGGGGGACCGGCCCGCCGAGUCGGAGGAGGAUCGUGGGCGGCGGAGCGCUUCGCUUCCACUGCCCCCGACCUCUUGGAGUUUUUCAGGAGUCGCUUGGAGCUAGGUGGCGGCUUUCAGAGGGUCAUGAACAACCAACUGUUGGACGAGGGAGCGCCACAAGCAUUGCGCUUUAUGGGCGUGUGGAACUGCCUCAUGCUCUCCUCGGUCUCUUUGCAGACGGCGUUGCUGGUCUCUGCUUGGACCUUUUAUCGCACCUACCGCGCGCUUGGGCUCUAUCCCCCCGAGCCGAGGAAAGGUCAUGUGCAUCCUGACGUUUCACCCUUCGAAUUCGUUUGCGAAGCGGAAGACGUGGCAUUGCUGAGCGACCAGUGUCACGGGAAUUGGUCCUGCGAGCGAGGUCCAGGAGGUCUUGCGGCGCAAGAGGCCACCGUGACACCUGGGCCGCCGCCCCGGCGCGUGCUGCAUGAGGAUGAUGUCCACUACUCCCUGGAGGAAGUGAGACCCUCCAAAUGA